GAAGCGUCGGCUUUGCUACUACGAGGGCGAUGCCGCCGCCGCCUCCUCCGCUCCCGCCUCGCUUCGGGGCUCCCCCGCUGGCGCACGGCUUCCAACCGGGGCCCUUCCGCGGCCUUCCCCCUCCCAUGCCUCCUCCCGCGUUCCCUCCAUUCCCUUCCGCCUUUCCUCCUCCUCCUCAUUGGCAACAACUGCCACAGCAGGCUCCGUUGCCAUGGCGACCGUUGCAGGCCGCAGAGAGGCCUAGUCCGGCGCCGGACUCGAGUAGCGUCUUGGAGGCGGAGAAAGAGAAAAAGGAGGAGGUCUGGCUGCUCCGCUUCCUUUCCCGGCCCCGCUCGGAACUGGAGGAGAAGGAGAAGAAGAAGAAGAAGCCGCCUCCCAAAGCAGUCCCGGUCGAUUUAGGCCUCAAGGCCCUCCAGGCGCUGCUUUGUGCAGCUCGAGCCUCGGCGGAGAUACAAGGAGAGGAGGAGGAGGGAAAUGAAAAGGCCGCGGCCCGGGAGAGGAGCCGCAAGAAGCGACUGCGGCGCCGCAAGCAGAGGCAAGCAACCCGCGCGGCCCGAGAGGAGGAGCAGGCCCGCCUGGCGGAGGAGGAGGAAGCCCGCACCGAGCGGUGGAGGGCGCGCCGGGCCUGGGAGGACGAGCAGCAGCGGAGGGAAAAGGAACUGAAAGCUGCUGCAGACAGUGUCUUGUCCGAAGUCAGGAAGAAGCAAGCGGACACCAAGCGCAUGUCUGAAAUCCUGCGGGGUUUAGAAAAGCUGAGGAAACUGAGGAAAGAAGCAGCAGGAAGGAAAGGUGUUUGUCCACCCGCUGCUGCAGACGAGGCCUUUGAAAAUGAAGUCCAGAGCUUAAGAGCCUCCAUCAAGAAGCGCACAGAACUCUACGACGCCGAAGAGCGCGCUCUGCGUGUGAUGCUAGAAGGGGAGCAGGAGGAGGAGAGGAAGAGAGACCUAGAGAAGAAGCAGAGGAAGGAGAGGGAGAAACUCCUGCAACAGAAGCGCGAGAUGGACUCCAAACUCUUUGGAGACCCAGAUGAAUUUCCCCUCACUCACAUAUUGAAACCCUUCACCCAAUAUUAUUUGCAAGCUGAAUAUUCUCUGCCAUCUCUCAUCCAGAUCAGGCACGAAUGGGAUCGGUUCUUGGUGCCGGCGGAUCACCCAGAUGGACAAGGUGUCCCUCCAGGAUGGGUCCUCCCCAGUCCGCCUUCCAGCGAUAUCUGGGCCACAGCUGUCAGAUGAUGCCUUUGAAGCCCUGCUCCGCAACAUAGGAGGGGUUCGAUGCAUCCCACAAAUGCCUUUAAUCUAAAAAUCCAUUGCAUUUUUUUCAUGCAAAUCAGAGCCAAUGGACACCUGGGGGAUACGAAAUAGCUUGUUUAGAAGCAAGACAUUGUUUUCAAGAAGUGAGACGCCAAUGUUUCAUUUCUCAUUCAUGACAGUAUUGUAAAUGAUAGACCGUUGUGUGUGUGUUGCCGCCUGCGAUGCAGCUGUGCGUUUCAAUGCCGAGACACCUUUCCUCCAGAAGUAAAAUAUUUUCACCCUUAUCUUUUAAAGUGGCAGGAAAUGGCAUGUCUUGAAUUCACUGUUAACAUUGCAGUUCCAAGAGCAGAGAUGUGAAUUUUUAUAGUUAAGGAUGAAUAAUGUGUGUAUGUGUAUGUAUAUGUGUGUGUGUGCCAUUCUGUUGGUCUUAUGCACAGUCAAUUAAAUAACUGACUGAAUUGUUGCCUCCUUUCAAGUUUGGUGUAGUGCAAGUAUGGACAAACUUUGGCCCUCCAGGUGUUUUGGACUUCAACUCCCAGAAUUCCUAACAGCCUCAGGCCCCUUCCUUUCCCCCCACAGCCACUUAAGCAGAAAAGGAAAGGAAAAGGAAGGGUCCUGAGGCUAUUAGUAAUUGUGGGUGUUGGAGUCCAAAACACCUGGAGAACUUAAGUUUGCCCAUACCUGGUUGAGUGCUUUAGCUAAAGCAUUAAGUUAGAGCAACAGAGAGAGAAUCAACAUCUGCGUUGCCAAUAUGUGGGUGCAAGUUGCAUUGAGAUGCUUGAAUGAUGUACAUAAUAGAACAAUAUAAAAGUACCAAAGAAUAAUAGAGAGCAGACAAUAUCUCAAAAAUACCUGAUUGGUGUUCAGUGAAAAAGCUUUGGGUUUGAAUUUGCUUUCCUCUGAUUGCAUUCAAGAGCACUUUUAAUUAAACAUUUUUGUGGAAACCCAGUUAGCAAAGGAACAAAUUAUAAUUUGAGAGAACCAAGAACCAUGUACCUUGGGAUCCAACUGAUUUUCAGUCCUAGUUUGGAAUGGAAAUGGAAGUUAUACCAUGGCAGUUUUGGCCGAUGACGCAACAGGAUUUCCUUGAAUAUAGUUGAAUAUUGGGUUUGGGGUUUAAUGCAAACUAUGCAGCUCGUGAAGCCCUGUGAAGAUCGAAAGCUUUUGUCAAAUGCCCGAGUUGGAAGAUAUACAAUAUUCUCCAUUGAAACAAUAUUAUUGUUGCAUUAUCUGAUCAACAUAUCAAGUGUUGAUGGUUUGGUUUGGCACAUUGUCAAGUUCUAUUUAAUAUUUUUGUACUUGAAACAAUAAAAAUGUUCCUCAUUGUUGAG